GGUGCUUUAGAGCAAAUAAAAUUGUAAUCCCACUUUAAAUAAAUUGAUUGAAUUGAUAAUGUGCAGUAAUGUAGUAGAAAAACCUUUAAAAAUGUGUCUCUAAAAGUGUAAUGUAAGGAGUUCUUGUUGUUGUUACAUGUGGUAGUCAGAGUUAGCUAUGUCGACAAAACAUUGUAUACUCGUCUGUUUACUAUAUCUCUGUUCGUCAACUCUGGCUUCGGACGAGCCUAAAGAGUUCGUGGUAGACUGUAGUACGUUAAGGUUAGGGCAGUACAUUUGCCCGGAUCCGAGCAUGGACCAAAUAGACCCGGAUACGCAGCAGUUUAGAGGCUGCUCUCCAGGGAAAGAUGUGCCUUCAGAGGGGGAGGCAGAAGUGUUAUGCAGAGCUGCUGACGGAAUAAAAUGCGAAGGAACUUCAAAUUCCACAUUCAAAAGAAAGAUGCCAUGCAAAUGGACAAACGGAUACUCGUUAGAGAUAUCGCUGCUGCUGUCCGUGUUCCUGGGGAUGUUUGGAUUGGACCGGUUCUAUCUCGGGUAUCCAGGCAUCGGGCUGGCAAAGCUGUGCACGUUGGGAUUCAUGUUCUUGGGGCAGCUGUUGGACAUUAUCUUGAUAGCUGCACAGAUAGUAGGCCCAUCAGACGGCUCAGCCUACGUCAUCCCAUACUACGGAGCCGGGGUAACGGUCAUCCGCAGCGACAACGAGACCUACCUCCUACCGCAGACCGACUGGCACAACAUCACUUGACAGUGGGGCACCAUCUCUUUUGUUGAAGAUGAGGACUAUGAGUGGACUUGAUUGUGGGAGUUCUAUUAUGUUGGUUAAUUUUUUUUGGUGGGGUCCAAAAUUUUUGAACCUAAGACCACAGUCUGGUAAUUUUGUGAGUAGAAAAAUGUGGUAAUUUUUUAAAGUGUUCGCGCGAAGUGAACUCUCGUAGCAUAAACACCCCAAUAAUCGACAUGUUAAGACCCAAUAUUCGACACCUUGCUGUCAACAUUAUUGCUGUGACAUUAUGAUUGAAAAUAGAAUUUCCCGCCUUUUUCUUCGAACAAAUUGGUUUGCUAGAUUAGAGGGUUUGGAGACCCAUGUUUUAACCUUUUCGACGCCGUGUCAAACACAAAAGCUGUCACUCGGACGCCACGUCACCGAAGUUUCAAAACUGAAAUUGAACUUUAUGCAUAUGCACGUAGGUCUGUGUUGCUCUGUGGUCUGUGACGGAUUAAUCGGUCUUUGGCGUUGAACCUACGGUGCGGAUAUAUCGGUAAUUGGCGUCCAAAAGGUUAACAAUGUCCACAUAUAUAUAAAGCUUAUGCUUAUGUUCUGACCACGAGCUCCGUGUUUUUCAUGCGUACAUGGUUUGGGGGGACAAACGGGGCUCCUGUAAAUCUGUUUAGAGCUCGAGCGCAGUGUACUAAAGGUGAAUGAGUUAAAAUGUCAUUAAAUGUGGCUAGCACAAGUGACGCGUUUUAAGUUGUAAAACAUUCUGAUCUCUUUAUGAUUAGUAAAGCGUAACACUGCAGGAUGGCUUAGGGUCGGUUGCACCAAACCGUCCGUCACCGUUAAAGCAUUCGCAAAAUUUUAAUGUAUGGGAAGUUUCAUACUACACUGUCGAUUGACGUUAAUCAGUCCGUUAAAUGUGGUUGGUGCAACUGGCCCUUAGUGUGGCUUAGUUUAACCACUAGCGGCCCACCAUACAAGAAAAUUGCCAGUAAAAUUUGAGUCAUAGGCAUUCGAAUAUAGAGUUGAAUUUGUUUUGUUUUAAAAUCGAACGAAACAAAAUCAACUCUGUUCCAUUUUAUUAUUAUGAGUAUUAUGAUUCAAAUUUUAUUAGAGGUAAUUUGUGCUUGAAGCCCAAGAGGUUAAGGGCCAGUGUGCUGUGCGUAGCAUAGAACCGAUGGCCGCUGGGGCAGUAACAGUGGCACUGCUGACCAGAUGAGCGGGACCCCCAACAAUAUAGAUGAGAAAUUAUCGCGUGAGUUGCGAUGUUAUGCUCAGUUGUGCUAGCCCCACAGUUUAGAGAUUAUGUACCUAUAUAUACCCGGUCAAACAACAUGUCAGUGGAAAAUAUGCGAAAUUCUAAUUUUCUAUAGGACGAUUACCCUUCGCGCCUACAUAUUUUCAAUUUGCCACAUUUUUCUACUGACAGAAAUGGCUUGACUGGCUAUAGCUUUUCAUCUCAAAAACGACACCUCCCUACUAGUUUGAGAUAGGUUUAUCUUCUUUGGUGGCAUUUUUUAAAUCAUGUUGUAUUGUUGUUUGUAGUUGUCUGUGAUGGCAAAAAAGAGUGGUCACAUUAUUGCGUAUACUAUGUGGAGCCCUUAAAUUUUGUGAUAUAGAU